AUGCGCACCGGCGGGCCACAUCGGGCCGGACGGCUUUGCCCUUCUAAACAACAACAAUAUGUCGGCCACUCAAUUCCGUCAACCCAACCCACCCGCCUCCCGCACCUGGCUUGCCUAAUCCCACAAGUUGAAGCAGUUCGAGGUGCCCUGAUCCGCGAAGGCCGAUCUGCCCCCGGCUAUGUAUCCCAGGACUUCCUACGUUUUGGCCGCUCGGCCGCCGUGGACGCCGACACCCGCACGAACUUCUACCGUCAGGGCUGGAGAUAUGUCCGCCCCAAUAUCUUCUUCCCCGAUACGGAGUGGUCAUAC